GCUAGGGUUUCUCAUAAAAUAAAAAUUCAGAAUGAAUGGAUCAAAUAAUUUUCAGCUUUAAAUAUUGGUCAGAUACUAAACCCAGAAUUUAUGAAAGUUUCAUUUUAUAAUUGCCCAGGAAGUAGAUGGUAUGAGCAAACUUAAAGAAAAAUAUUUAGGCUUUUGUAUCACAGCUAAGUAUAUGGAUGCAUUUUCGUUCAGAAUCGAUUCACUCUGAACUUCCUAA